AUAGCCUGCUCCGAAUCUGCUGGAUUCGAUGGAGCAGGGAGCCUGCCUGUUUCCCCUUUUAAAACACCUUGAUCCUCUCAAGCUCAAUAAAUCACUACGGUCGAGAUCUCAUACAUGAAGAUGGUUCACCACUCGGGUUCUAUUCAGUCCUUUAAGCAGCAAAAAGGCAUGAAUACCAGUAAGAGUGAGACUGUAAAAGAGCCCCCUUUAAAGCCAUCCAGACGAUCUUUGCCAUGCCUUGCUCAAAGCCAAACACAUCCUCACAGUCUCAGCAAACAUUCCUCAUUUCUUCAGCCAAAUCGAGUACAGCCUCAGCCUGUGAGUGCGGGGGCAUCAACUACAGCUAUCGAUGUAGUGUCAGAACGAGCUAAAGUGAUGGAAACACUGGAAAACAAUUUACUCAAGUUGUCUAAUACAGAAUACAGUGAUUCAUUCAUGGGCAUAGGAAGAGAGAAAGACACAUAUACAGAUGAUUCAGAACAUGGGAAUUAUGAUUCUCGAACAGAUCAGUCACUGCUUAUUCAAAGUACACCUACAAGACAAAAAACAGAAUCUCGGACUAAGUCAUCUCUGAAGAAUGAUAUGAGUGCCUUAGCUACAUCAGGGCUCUUCUUCAAGGAUGGCAAAAAACGUAUUGAUUACAUCUUAGUUUAUAAAAAGUCAAGUCUACAAAUAGAGAAAAGGAGCACUUUUGAAAAGAACCUGCGAGCGGAAGGAUUAAUGUUAGAAAGAGAGCAAGCUGUUACAAACCAUGAUAUAAUGUUUGUUAAAAUUCACUGUCCUUGGGAUACGUUGUGCAAAUAUGCUGAAAGGAUGAACAUCAGGAUGCCUUUCAGGAAAAAAUGUUAUUACACUGACUGGAGGAGCAAAACCAUGGGCAGUCUGCAGAGGAAUAUGAGGGAAUUGAAAAGCUGGUUGCCCAGAAAUCCAAUGAAACUUGACAAAGAAGCACUCCCUGACCUGGAAGAAACAGAUUGCUACACAGCACCCUUUAGUCGAGCGCGCAUACAUCAUUUUACAAUCAACAACAAAGACAGUUUCUUCAGCAACUCCACAAGAAGUAGGAUAGUACACCAUAUGCUGCAGAGGACAAAGUAUGAAGAUGGCAAAUCAAAAAUGGGCAUCAAUAGAUUACUCAGCAAUGGAACAUUUGAAGCAGCAUUUCCACCUCAUGAGGGAAGUCACAAAAGCAGGCAUCCCAUCAAAACUCAUGGAGCUCAGAAUCACCGACAUCUUUUAUAUGAACGGUGGGCACGAUGGGGGAUGUGGUACAAAUAUCAGCCUUUGGAUUUGAUCAGGAGAUAUUUUGGAGAGAAAAUUGGCCUUUAUUUCGCUUGGUUGGGAUGGUACACUGGGAUGCUUAUUCCAGCGGCACUUGUCGGGCUGUUUGUUUUCCUUUAUGGAUUAUUUACGAUGGAUUCUAGCCAAGUAAGCAUAGAGAUCUGUGAGGCGAAUGAAACCAUCAUGUGUCCAAUGUGUGAAAAGAAUUGCACACUUCAAAAACUGAAUGAAAGCUGCAUCUAUGCAAAGGUCACACACUUGUUCGAUAAUGGAGGGACUGUCUUUUUUGCCAUUUUUAUGGCUAUAUGGGCUACCGUUUUCUUAGAGUUUUGGAAAAGGCGGAGAGCUGUGCUAACCUAUGACUGGGAUCUAAUAGAUUGGGAGGAUGAAGAGGAAGAGCUUCGCCCCCAGUUUGAAGCAAAAUAUUCUGAAGUGGAGCGAGUAAAUCCCAUAACAGGAAAGCCUGAACCUUUUCAACCAUUCCCAGAUAAACUUAGUCGACUGAUGGUGUCUGUGUCAGGAAUAUUCUUCAUGAUAUCAUUAGUACUCACAGCAGUAUUUGCCGUUGUAGUGUACCGCUUGGUGGCUAUGGAACAGUUUGCCUCUUUCCAGUGGUAUUUUAUCAAAAAGUACUGGCAGUUUGCAACAUCAGGCACUGGAGUGUGUAUCAACUUUAUGAUCAUCAUGUCACUUAAUGUUGUAUAUGAAAAAGUUGCCUAUCUCUUAACAGAUUUAGAACAUCCUAGGACAGAUUCAGAGUGGGAAAACAGUUUUGCCUUGAAAAUGUUUCUCUUCCAAUUUGUCAACUUAAACAGUUCUAUCUUCUACAUUGCUUUUUUUCUUGGAAGAUUUGCUGGACGCCCUGGAAAGUACAACAAACUUUUUAAUAGAUGGAGACUGGAAGAGUGUCAUCCUAGUGGCUGCUUGAUAGACCUCUGCCUGCAAAUGGGUGUUAUCAUGGUUUUAAAGCAAAUGUGGAACAACUUCAUGGAACUCGGCUAUCCGUUGCUACAAAACUGGUGGUCCCGACGCAAGAUCAAGAAGGGAGGGCAGUUAUUGGAGCACAAAUUUUCUCUACCUCAGUGGGAAAAAGAUUGGAAUCUACAGCCAAUGAAUCUCCAUGGUCUGAUGGAUGAGUACUUAGAGAUGGUUUUACAGUUUGGCUUUACUACCAUCUUUGUAGCUGCUUUUCCACUGGCACCUCUUCUGGCAUUGCUUAACAACAUUAUAGAAAUUAGACUUGAUGCUUAUAAGUUUGUUACGCAGUGGAGGCGGCCAAUGCCUGCGAGAGCGACAGAUAUAGGAAUCUGGUAUGGAAUCCUCGAGGGAAUAGGAGUCCUUGCUGUAAUCACCAAUGCUUUUGUUAUCGCCAUUACUUCUGACUAUAUCCCACGAUUUGUUUAUGCAUACAAAUACGGCCCUUGUGUUGAUCAAGGAUACAGACAGGAAAAAUGUUUGAAGGGAUAUGUCAACAGUAGUUUAUCAAUAUUUGAUCUGAGUGAGCUUGGCUUGGGAUAUUCAGGAUAUUGCAGGUAUAGAGAUUACAGAGCACCUCCCUGGAGUUCAACUCCUUAUGAGUUUACCUUGCAGUUCUGGCAUGUCCUAGCAGCUCGACUGGCCUUCAUUAUAGUAUUCGAGCAUCUUGUUUUUGGAAUAAAGUCUUUCAUUGCCUACUUAAUCCCAGACAUGCCCAAAGAUUUAUGUGACAGAAUGAGGAGGGAGAAAUAUUUAGUUCAGGAAAUGAUGUACGAGGCCGAAUUAGAGCAUUUGCAGAGAGAACGGAAAAAGAAUGGCAAACAGUAUCACCACGAAUGGCCUUAGUUGAUACAGAACAGCAGUGACAACUUUCACAUCAGAAUUGGCGCCUCUGAGUACAGGGUGAAG